AUGCAAUUGUUUGGCGGUGACUUCAAUACGACCACCACAGUAUACGACCAAGAGAUGCGAUUUGAUUCCUUCUUUCAAGCGUUCUUGGCUCUUUUCCAGAUUAUGACUGGGGAAAAUUGGACCGACAUCCUCUAUUCUGCCAUGCACAGCCAAUCUCAUGCAUCUGCCAUCUACGCAGAUUUGGUGCUCAAUCUUUUCAUUGCUGUCAUCAUGGAAAACUUUGAUCUUGAUGAGGACGCUAUUCGACACAUACAAAUCAAGAAAUACAUCCGCCAGCAUCGAUGGCAACCAGAAUAUUUCAAGCUUGACCUUGUUAGUCAGGUGAUGCUGCCAUUCUUCCUCAAGCAAGAGCGUCAAACAAUCAAGGUGGAAAAGUUACCACAAACGCUUGUAGCUUCCGUGACAAGAUUCGAAGUACGCGACUUUCUCACCAACAUCGAUCCUAUUGGAGAUGAUUUCAGAACGUCACCGCUUGCACGUGGUCUCCAAGAGAUGGCAUCGGCUCGUCGAUCAUCGCGUAUGACAGGUCGUCUAUCAAGGCUAUCAUUCUCAGGUACAAGGACCAGUGGAGCACAUGGAGGUGGAAAACGACGAUCAUCCAUCAUGUCAACUAUGAGCGCACAUAGCUCAGUGUUAACGGAUGAGCCCACAUUGGAUGAUCCUGAGGAACCCUUGGUCAAGUAUGGUGACGAAUAUGAGAUCAAUGUGGCCAAAGAGAACAAGGACGUGGUAUUGGAGAACCUCAAGGUCUUUCGUUCAGUGUUCUUUUUCAAGGCGAACAAUCCAUUGCGCAAGGCAUGCACUCGAUUGGUGGAUUCAUUUAUAUACAACACAGCCAUUGUCUUUUUCUUGUGCACAAGCGUGAUGCUCGCCAUAUGGGAUGAUGCUACCCAUCGACGAGGAAAUCCAGAAUGGUCCUUUUUGGCCGAGCGAUAUCAACGUGUCAUGUUGGUGGUCUUUUGGAUUGAUAGCUUGAUUCAUAUCAUCUCGCGUGGCGUAUUCGUUCUCCCUGGAUCCUAUCUACGCAGCAUGUGGAACGUGUUGGAUUUAUUGGUUCUAUCAGGGCAAACACUCGUCUUCCUCGUGGUGGAAAAAUCGCAUUACCGUGAAAGCCUUUUACGUGUUCUUCGCACUCUACGAUCUAUGCGGCUGGUGUAUUAUGUUGAAGACAUCCGGGUUAUCUUUUUGGACUUGGUGCAUGGUUUACCUUCUAUCAUUGAUGCCAUUGCUCUCAAUACAUUGGUGUUUGUCGUAUUUGCUAUGUAUGGCUGUUACAUCUUCAGUGAUCGAUUCGCUGCAUGCAAUGAUACCGAUUCUAUUGGCGCUAUGAGCGAGUGCCAUGGCGAGUUCAAAACCGAUGAUUUACGCAUUCUCGUGCCAAGGGUAUGGGACAAUCCUUAUCAAUACUCGUACGAUACAUUUGCAACAUCGAUCCUACAUCUCUUUGAAUGUGCCUCAGGUGAAGGUUGGAUCAUGUCCCUUUUCACUGCGAUGAGUGUUUCCCCGGAUUUGAAAGCACAGCCGAGUUUCUAUUGGGGAUCCAAUUCCACAUGGCAUGCCCUUUAUUACAUUUGCUUCAUGUUUGUCAUAUCCCUUUGUGCGAUUCAACUGUUCAUCGGUGUCAUUCUUGAAACUUUCAAGCAACGUCGAGGCAUAUCUUCUUUGACCAAUACACAACGUCAAUUUGAAGACCUUCAGCGGCAACUCUCAUUGAUCAAGCCCACUCGAAAAGCGACUCGUCCACCUUCAGGAUCAAUACGGGGAUUAUGCUACGAUAUUGUUAUUGACAAGCGUGGCAAGUUUGCAAAAUUCAUGUCGCUUGUGCUGGUGUUAAACAUUGUUACGUUUUCCUUGACCCAUAAUCAUCAAACAGAAGCCUUUUCAUCCAUUCAAGAACAUCUUUAUCAUAUCUUUCUCGGGUUGUAUGUCAUCGAAAUCGUACUCAAAAUGUGCGGCUUGGGACCACGAAAGUCGCUAUCUUCCAAAUGGAACCUAUACGAUGGCGUCAUGAUAAGCACAGUAUUAUUACUUGACGUUGUCAAGGAAACGGCAGGAAUCAAUUAUUUCCUUGGUAUUAUCUUCAAAGUUGCAUUGGUGGGUAUCCCUUUCCGGUUGGCACAAAGGAUCGAGUCGUUGGAUACACUAUUUCGGUCGGUCAAGCGAGCCAUGCCAAGGAUCAUCUAUAUCACAUGCGCCCUUGCAGUAGUCAUGAUAUGCUUUGCAGUUACCCUUGAAGAAUUGUUUACUACGACACGUUAUGGUCCUUAUGGUAACAACCAUGCAAACUUUCGGAAUUUGCCAAACACGUUGCAAACGCUCUGGCGAAUCACUACAGGAGAAAAUUGGGAUUUCUUGAUGCAUGACUUUGCUGUACAAUUCCCUAACUGUGUCAACGACGCUGAUUGUGGAUCACCAGUGGCAGCCAUUGCAAUCUUUGUUGUGUUUUAUGUCGUGUGUACCUAUGUGUUUGUCAAUCUCUUUACUGUGGUGGUGAUCAACAACUUUUCAUUUACGUUUGAUAACCGGAACCAAUUCACCUUGAUCACGCGCACCGACCUAAGAAAUUUCAAACAUGCAUGGGCCGAAUUUGAUCCAAAAGCAACGGGGUACAUUCGCCGAAAAGAUAUUCCUGGUUUCCUGAGAAACCUAAAGGGUGUAUUGGCGAUGCGCAUUUAUGAGCCGGAGCAUAGCUUGAAGAGUCUCCUAGAGGCAAGCAAUGAGAUGGAUGCUGAUGUGGCUCAUCUUGCUUCCGUACCUGUGCGGCGAAGUAUCACUCAAGCGGAGCCGAAUAUCAUGGGCGAAGGGUUCUACAACUUUGAAGAAGUCAAUCGGCGCUUAUCCAAUAUGGACGUGGAAGCUGUGAGAGAAAACAAACGGCAUUAUGACUUGGUGUAUCAAGAAAUCAUGCUUGCUUCAAACGCCCGGGGUAUAGCUUUCCACGACAUGUUAGAAAUCCUGGCUAUGCGUCUUGUUGAUGUAUCCAAAUCUCUCACGUUCGACGCACUUGUACACUAUGCUCGAAAACAAGACAAGAUUGUGCAUAUGCUUGCGGCAAAGAAGGCUAAAAGUCUAGUGACAAUGCUUGUGCAAAGGCGUCAAUAUCUUAAGGAGCGAGAACGUAUGCGUGAACAUCAGCUGCUUGACUUGGGUCUUUUGGGAGGUUUACUUUCACCGCGCGCUGAAGAGCCUGAAAUGGAUUUACAACAAAAGCAGCAUCAGCAUCAAUAUCAACGUACUCGUGCAGCCAGCUUGCCACACUCACGUGCAGGAAGUGUCUGUCAAAUAGGAGGAUCACCAGUGCCAUCCAUCGUUGUCGAUCAGCCGCACCAGCCACAGCCACAGCCACAACCACAUCUACCCGCAAGAGAGCCUGCAAGAUUGCCGUCUCCUAGCAUUGAGAGCCAGGUUUCAUCAUCUACAUCGCUUAUGCCACCAAGACGUGGUUAUCAACAUGCACCAUUUUCCCCAGAGGCCACUUUUCAGGAACCUUUAUACGAUACAUCUAUUGACACCUUCACCCGAUAUUAUGCCAGCGACUCGAACAUUGAUAUGCAGCCCCACGACGCUGAAGCAUUGGUAGCACAAUUGGAAAACAACCCUUGGUCAGACAUGCUUAAGGAUCAAGAUACAUGA